AUUAUCUCCAUCAGACUCCGCUGGAGAGGAGGUCGAAAUGACGGAUGCAGCCAUGGGAGACAGUUUAUUUACAUCCUAAGAAAGAGGCUGUGUGAGUUUAGAGGGAAGCCGCUGCGUGUGUCUCCCUCUCUACUUUCACCGACCCCCUCCUCCUCCUCCUCCACCUCCUCCUCCUCCUCCUCCGCUGGCACAAAUUUAUAAAGAACAAAAAAUCGUCGGAGGGAGGGAGGGGGGUUGAUUCACGCCGAGGCUGAAACCGAGAGGCGAACCCAGGGAAAGAGGAGUGAUUCUACACGGGACUUUCCCCCUCUUAGUCCCCCAAAAGGAGGGGGAAAAGUCGCACUAUUGGAAACGAGACGGAAUGAGCUACUAAGGGCGUGAAAACGUCUGCAAUUGUGGAUACUUUAUAUAUUUUUAUUUCGAAAAAAUAUGGCCGAGAACGUUCUGGACUCUGGCCCGCCUUCAGCCAAAAGGCCUAAACUCUCCUCUCCGGCACUGUCCGCCUCCGCCAGCGAUGGAAAUGAUUUCGGCUCGCUGUUUGACUUGGAGCACGAUCUCCCAGACGAGCUCAUCAGCUCUAACGAUCCAGGCCUGGUCAAUGGAGGGGACCUCAGCCAGUUGCACACCACUCUGGGCGGAGGACCUACAGGGCUGGGUCCUGGAGGAGGCAGCGGAGGGCCAGGAGGAAUGGGACUCGGACUUGGCGGAGGAGGCCAGGAUGCGGUGGCCAAGCACAAACAGCUGUCUGAGCUUUUGCGUUCAGGAGCACCCACCUCGACCCAACAAGGGCACCAAGGAGCCAUGGGCAGCCCGGGAGGUCCCAGUGCCAUGGGGCAACACUUGGCCAACAUGAAGGCAUCUCCUGGCCAGGGGGCUCCACAGAUGAUGGGCCAGGGACAACAGCAGCACCUCUCUCCUCAGCAGCAGGCCAACAUGAUGCAGCAGCAACAAAACGCUGCUGCCGGGAUGAUGGGUGGCAUGAACAGGGCCAUGAUGGGAGCGCAGCAGAAAGGCAAUAAUGGACAGCAGCAGCCAGGCAUGAUCGGGGGCCAGGUGAUGAAUGGCUCCCCCAGGAUGGGCUUUGGGAAUCAGGGGAUGGGUGGCAACAGCAACCUGUUGGCUGAGACUCUACAGCAGCAGGGAGCUGCGGGCCAGGCUGGGAUGAGAGGCCAGCAACCUGGAGCAAUGAACAAGAUGGGGAUGAUUGGGAACCCAGGGGGCCCUUUCGGAGGUCCGUAUGCAGGGCAGGGGAAUCAAGGUCUUGGAGGCGCAGGGCUGGGCCCUCAGCUCCAGAACAAAGGUCCCAUGGCCAACAGCCUGGCCCAGUUCAACGUGGACAAGAAGAACCAGCCCAUGCAAGGAAUGGCUGCCAUGGGCUCCCAGCAGUCUCAAACAGGUGUGGGCGGGCCCUCGGGUGCCCCAGUGGGAGGCGCCCCAGGGAUGGUGCCCAACGCUCAGUCAGGUCUGGUGGGUCCCGGCACCCAGGUUUCCGCAGCAUCUGCUGCCGCCGGAGCGCCCCCCACGGCCGACCCCGAGAAGCGCAAGCUAAUCCAGCAGCAACUGGUGCUCCUGCUCCACGCACACAAGUGCCAGCGGCGGGAGCAGGCCAACGGGGAAGUCCGGCAGUGCAACCUGCCACACUGCCGCACCAUGAAGAACGUCCUCAACCACAUGACUCACUGCCAGGCUGGCAAGUCCUGUCAGGUUGCUCACUGUGCCUCAUCGAGGCAGAUCAUCUCCCAUUGGAAGAACUGCACGCGACACGACUGUCCUGUCUGCCUGCCGUUGAAGAACGCUGGGGACAAGAGGAACCCGCAGUGUGAGUCGCUACUUGGUGCGGCCGCUGCAGGUCUGGGCAGCUCUCUUGUGGCGGUACCUGGUGGCCAACCGAGCGCUCCCAACCUCAACCCGCCGGGCCACAUUGACCCCAGCUCCAUAGAAAGAGCAUACGCAGCCCUGGGUCUCACCUACCAGGGCAACCAGAUCCAGGCUCCGACUUCCCAGCCCAACAUGUCCGGCCAAGGCUUGCAAGGUCAGGCUGGCAUGAGGCCUCUGAACCCAAUGGGUGCGAAUCCUAUGGGAGUCAAUGGCGGCGUGGGAUCUUCCCCUCAGAGCCAACAAGCCAGCCUGCUGCAGGACACCAUGAUGCACCUCAACGUGAACAGCCAUGGUCUGCUGAACGAUGCCGGUGGGGUCGGCUCCAUGCCCACAGCAGGCCCGCCCUCUUCCUCAGGCAUGAGGAAAAGCUGGCACGAGGACAUCACGCAGGACCUACGAAACCACUUGGUACACAAACUUGUUCAGGCCAUCUUUCCGACUCCAGACCCUGCUGCCCUCAAGGACCGUCGAAUGGAGAACCUGGUGGCCUACGCCAGAAAAGUUGAGGGAGACAUGUAUGAGUCAGCCAACAGUAGAGCUGAGUACUAUCACCUGCUAGCGGAGAAGAUCUAUAAGAUCCAGAAGGAGCUGGAAGAGAAGAGAAGGACCCGGCUCCAGAAGCAGGGUCUGGGCCUCGGGCCUGCUAGCCUGGGUCAGCCCCCCACUGGUAUGCCUCCAAACGGUCCCCUCCCGGACCCGUCAAUGGUGCGACCAGCUGGACCCAAUCAGAUGGUCAACAGGAUGCAAGGCCCAGGUAUGAAUCAGUUCAAUCAGAUGGGAAUGCCGCCGAUGGGCCAGAGGUCCACGCCUCCUCUCCCAAUAGGACCAUCUGGUAACCAGAUGGGAAUAGGGGGACCCAGGAUGGGACAGCCUAACGUCAACCAGCUGCAGAACCAGUAUCUGUCCCAGGGACAGUUCCCUGGCUCAGGACCAGGAGUUGGAACAGCUCAGGCUGGGAUGGCUCAACCUGGAGCACAGACAGGCAUGGCACAGACGCAGAUGGGCACUCCUCCCUCUCUUCCAGUCGCUAGUCCUCUAGCACAACCCGGUUCAGUCAGUGGUCCCAGUGGCGUCCCUUCAGUAGGGUCAAUGGGUCCUCAGAGCGUGGGCGGCGGAGGUCCCAACUCAGCUGUUGGUGCCCCCGCUUCCUCAAUGACUCCUUCUAACUCAAACCAGCAACCCAACUCCAUCCCCCACCUGGCAGCCAUGCGUAGCUCGCCCUCCCCUGCUCACAGCCGAUCCCCCACUCCUCACCAGACGCCCCCCAGACUAGCUGGCUCCCAAACCCCACAGCCACACACCCCCAACGCACCACAGCUGGGUCCACCUUCAGCCCCCCAGCAGAACCAGCACGGCCAGGGGCCCGGCUCCAACAAGCCCCUCCAGCAGCAGCAUAUGGGCUCCGCUGGUUCCACCACUCCCUCUCACCCUGGAAUGGGCUCCAGCUCCACGCCUCAUGGCGCUCAGCUGCCACGCACUCCGUUGUCCCAAAAGGGUUCGUUCCCAGCGGACAGUCAGGCCAUGACCCCCGCCUCCGUCAGCAGCCUGGACACUUCCUCCCAGCAGCCACAGUCCAACGCAUCCGCCGCCAACCUCGACCCGAAGAUGGAGGUGAAGCAGCAGGACGAGGAGGAGGAGAGCGACACGGGAAGCUGCUCCAAAGGAGGGAAGCUCAGCAACCUCAAAACAGAGGAAAAACCUGUGAAACUAGAGGUAAAAAAGGAGGAGUGUUCCGGAGAAGGAGGGAAAGGACUUCCCAUGGAAACAUCAUCGACAACGCCGACGGCGGGCAUUAAGACGGAAGACAGGAAACCAGAGGUGAAGAAGGAGGUGAAAGACGAGGAGGAGACGUCGGAGGCAGCUACGCCACAGGCCCCAGUGAAGAAGAAGAUCUUCAAACCAGAGGAGCUUCGUCAGGCCCUGAUGCCCACACUCGAGUCUCUCUACAGACAAGAUCCAGAGUCUCUGCCCUUCAGAAUGCCUGUCGACCCACACCUGCUGUGCAUACCUGACUACUUUGAUAUUGUGAAGAACCCCAUGGACUUGUCCACUAUCAAGCGAAAGCUGGAUACUGGUCAGUACCAGGAUCCGUGGCAGUACGUGGACGACAUCUGGCUGAUGUUCAACAACGCCUGGCUGUACAACCGCAAAACAUCCAGAGUCUACAAGUACUGCUCCAAGCUGGCCGAGGUUUUUGAGCAGGAGAUCGAUCCGGUCAUGCAGAGCCUCGGCUACUGCUGUGGGAGGAAGCUGGAGUUCUCUCCUCAGACACUGUGCUGCUACGGGAAGCAGCUGUGCACUAUUCCCAGAGAUGCUGCUUACUUCAGCUACCAGAACAGUUCACCAAAAUUUGGGCUUAUUGCUGACAGGUACCACUUCUGCGAGAAGUGCUUCAACGAGAUCCAGGGGGAGACGGUUUCCCUGGGGGACGACCCCACACAGCCUCAGACAUCGAUAAACAAGGAACAGUUUGAGAAGAAGAAGAAUGACACACUGGACCCUGAACUGCUUGUUGAAUGUAUGGACUGUGGGCGCAGGAUGCAUCAGAUCUGUGUCCUGCACCAUGAAACAAUCUGGCCAUCGGGUUUUGUAUGUGACGGCUGCUUAAAGAAGACAAACAAAACCAGGAAAGAGAACAAGUAUUGUGCCAAAAGGUUACCCCAGACAAAGUUGGGCUGUUACCUGGAGGGAAGAGUGAACGACUUCCUGAAGCGUCAGACUCACCUGGAGUCUGGAGAAGUUUUCAUUCGCGUCGUCCACGUCUCCGACAAAGUGGUGGAGGUCAAACCAGGCAUGAAGUCCAGAUUUGUGGACAGCGGAGAGAUGUCAGAGUCUUUUCCAUACAGGACAAAAGCCCUUUUUGCGUUUGAGGACAUAGAUGGAGCGGACGUGUGUUUCUUCGGUAUGCAUGUUCAAGAGUACGGGUCAGACUGCCCUCAGCCCAACCAGAGGCGAGUGUACAUCUCCUACCUGGACAGUGUUCACUUCUUCCGGCCUCGCUGUCUAAGAACAGCAGUCUACCAUGAAAUCCUCAUCGGCUACUUGGAAUAUGUCAGGAAGCUGGGCUACACCACUGGGCACAUCUGGGCCUGCCCCCCCAGUGAAGGGGACGACUACAUCUUCCACUGUCACCCUGCAGAUCAGAAGAUCCCAAAGCCCAAACGCCUCCAAGAGUGGUACAAGAAGAUGUUGGACAAAGCUGUGGCGGAGCGGAUAGUGCACGAUUACAAGGAUGUGUUCAAGCAGGCGACAGAGGAUCGUUUGACUAGUGCCAAGGAGUUGCCGUACUUUGAGGGCGACUUUUGGCCCAACGUGCUCGAGGAGAGCAUCAAGGAGCUGGAGCAGGAGGAGGAGGAGAGGAAAAGAGAGGAGAACAGCACUUCCAAUGAGAGUAUUGAUGACACAAAAGGUGACAGUAAAAAUGCAAAGAAGAAGAACAACAAGAAGACGAGUAAGAACAAGAGCAGCCUGAGCCGAGCCAAUAAGAAGAAGCCGGGGAUGCCCAACGUCUCCAACGACCUUUCACAGAAACUCUACGCCACUAUGGAAAAACACAAAGAGGUUUUCUUUGUGAUCCGGCUGAUCGCAGCACCCAUGGCGAACGCCUUGCCCCCCAUCUCAGACCCCGACCCCCUGAUGGCGUGUGACCUCAUGGACGGCCGCGAUGCUUUCCUGACGUUGGCCAGGGACAAACACCUGGAGUUCAGCUCGCUCAGGAGGUCCAUGUGGAGCUCCAUGUGCAUGUUGGUGGAGCUGCAUAACCAAAGCCAGGACCGCUUCGUUUACACUUGUAAUGAAUGCAAACACCACGUGGAGACUCGUUUCCACUGUACCGUCUGUGAGGAUUACGACCUCUGCAUCACGUGUUACAACACUAAGGGCCACGUGCACAAGAUGGAGAAGUUAGGCCUUGGUUUGGAUGACGAGAGCAGCAACGCGGCUGCAGCGACCACCCAGAGCCCGGGAGACUCCCGCCGCCUCAGCAUCCAGCGCUGCAUCCAGUCCCUCGUCCACGCCUGCCAGUGUCGAAACGCCAACUGCUCUCUGCCGUCCUGCCAGAAGAUGAAACGGGUCGUUCAGCACACGAAAAGCUGCAAGAGGAAAACCAACGGCGGCUGCCCGAUCUGCAAGCAGCUCAUCGCGUUGUGUUGCUACCACGCCAAGCACUGUCAGGAGAACAAGUGCCCGGUUCCCUUCUGCCUAAACAUCAAGCACAAGCUCCGCCAGCAGCAGCUGCAGCACCGGCUGCAGCACGCCCAGAUGCUGAGGAGGAGGAUGGCCAGCAUGCAGAGGGUGGGACAGCCCGCUCCCGGAGGAGCUCCCGGGGGCAACGGCCUGCCGUCACCAGGAGCAAACAACGGAGCAACCGGUCCUGGGACCCCGACGUCCCAGGUGGGCACGCAGCCUCCGACCCCGCAGACCCCCACCCAGGGGAACAUGCCUGCACUGCCUCAGCAGCAGGGAGUCGGGAUGGGUGGCAUGGUGGGAAUGGGAACUCCAGGUCAGCAGCAGCAGGUUCAGCAGCAAGGGGGCGCCAUGCCCCCCCAACACCACAUGCAUCAGUUUCAGCAAGGGGGGGGAGGAGGUGCAGGGGGGAUGAUGAGCUCUCCUCAGCAGCAGAUGGUGCCUCAGAUGCAGCAGCAGCCUCCGAACGUCCAGCAACAGCAGCAGCAGCACCCUGGUGGUCUGCCUCCGUACAACGCCAGACCACCUGGGGCUUCUCCUCUGCACCAGUCCCUGGGGAAACCUGGACUGGGUCCUGCCACCCCGCCCCAGCAGCAACAGCAACCCAACCAGGGCCCGGGCUCCAUGGUUGGACAAGGCCAGCAGCAAGGGCCCCCUUUGGCUGCCGUGGAGACGGCGCUGAAAAUUCAGCGCCUAGCAGAGACCCAGAGACAGAUGGCUCAGGCCCAGGCCCAGGCCCAGAUACGUGGUUUGGGACAGGGGGGCAUGAUACCCCAGCACCCUCACCACCAGAACACCCCGGCUCAGAUGGGCAUGCCCCACAUUGGGGCCCAGGGCAUGCCUCCCCAGGCUCAGGGAGUUGUUGGCAGAACUAUGUUAGACCCUCAGCAGCAGGGGAUGCUGGUGGGGAUGCAGCAGGGCGGCCCUCAGCCACAGCUGCCUCCUCAAGUCCAGCAGCAGCUCCAGCAAGUCCAGCAGGGAGGCGGUGGACAGCUUCAGCCAGGAGGCCAGCAGUGGGGCGCUGGGGGGCCAGCCAUGAACCCACAACAAAGGCCGGGCAUGAUGAGUCACAUGGCGCCGCAGCAGCAGCAGCCAGGGGUUGCUCAGCAACAGCAGCAGCAGCCGAUGAAUCAGCAGCAGCCGCAACCAGGAAACCGCGGGCUGAUGCAGGUAAUGGGUGUUUCAGGGGGGGCUGCCGGGGCUCAGAAUUCAUUAGCGGCUGCAGCUGCAUCAGGAAACCUUCCCCAGGCGGCGCUACAAGACCUGCUGAGGACGCUGCGCUCUCCGAGCUCACCGCUUCAGCAGCAGCAGGUCCUCAACAUCCUCCGGUCCAACCCAACCCUGAUGGCUGCUUUUAUCAGGCAGAGAGCUGCCAGGUAUCAAGGGGGUCAGGGUGGUCCUGGAGGGCCAGGAGGGCCACCACAAGGGGGUCCUGGAGGUGUGAGGUUCCAAGGGGCUGCUGGAGUUCUGCCUGGCGUAGGAGGGCCGAACCAGCUGGCUAACAUGGACGGACAACAGCAGGUUAAUGUGAAUCAGGCAGGCCAGCCGGGGAUGAACAUGGCUCAGGGUGGAGCAGGGGGAGGCAACAUGCCCACCAUGGCUCAGCUGCAGCAGCUACAACAGCAGCAACAGCAGCAACAACAACAACAACAACAACAGCGGCCAAUGUUACCAGGGAAUCUACAGCAACAGCAAAUGGCUGCAUUACAGCAGCAGCAACAGGGAGCGAUGCAAGCAGGGCAACAGACCAACCUUAGCAACAUGACGCCGCAGUUCAGAGAGCUGUUGAUGAGAAGACACAUGCAGCAGCAACAGCAGCAGCAACAACAACAGCAGCAGCAGCAGCAGCAGCAGCAACAACAACAACAACAACAACAGAUGGGAAACCACGGGCAGUUCCAGCAGCCUCAAGGACUCCAGCAGCAGCAGCAAGGCCAGCAAGGGUUCAUGCAGCCUGGCCAGGGACAGCCAGGGAUACCCCCCUCCUCCCAACCACAGCCUGGAGGUGGAGGGGGUCCCCAGCAGCAGCAGGGGGGUCCUCAGGGGGGCCCAGGACAGCACGGCCAGCAGCAAGGCUACCCCAACUCCAUGUCACAGGUGGCUGCAGCACUCCAGCAGCGGCUGCAGCAUCAAAUGCAGAUACAAAUGCAGCAGCAGCAACAACAACAACAACAGCAGCAGCAGCAGAAUUCAAUGGGCGGGCUCCAAGGGCAAGACGGAGGGCCCGGUGGCGUUGCCGGAGGACCAGGAGGGCCUCCGCUCCAGCCGGGACAAGCCGGACCGGGGCAGCAGCAGCAAGGCGGCGGAGGAGGAGGUGGGCCUCCUCUGCCGCAGACGACGCAGAGCAUGCUCCACCAGAACAUCCACCAGAGGCUCCUGCAGCAGCAGCAUCUGGGCGGGGGGUCGCCGGCCCAGCACAGCAGCCCCAUGAGCCCCCAGCAGCAGAUGGCACAGUCCCCCCACCUCCAAGGACAAGGGGGACUCGGCCCCGCGGGGUCGCUGAGCAGCCAGGUCCGGUCGCCGCAGCCGUCUCCGAGGCCGCAGUCGCAGCCUCCGCACUCCAGCCCGUCCCCCCGCAUGCAGCCCUCCUCCCAGCCGCAGCCCUCCCCCCACCGGAUCUCCCCCCAGACACAGACUGGCUCGCCCCACCCGGGCCACCUAAACCAACACCACCCCAGUAUGGCGCCGCCCCAACCUCCACAGCCCCAGCAGCAGCAGCAGCAGCAGCAGCCGGGCGGGUCGGUAGAUCCCGCUCAGUUCAGCUCAGACCAGAACUCCAUCAUGUCCCAGCUGAGCGGGAUGACGGGGAUGCACGGGGGGCAGGGGGGGCAGUCGGACAUGUUGGGCGGGAAUAACAACAGCAGCAACAACAACAACAACAACAACAACCAGGAGCUGGGAACGAACAUUAAUCACAGUUUAGACCUGAUGUAGCCUCGACUCCAUUGUGUCUCUCUGUCUCGACGCUCUGAUCGGUUGCCCCUAACGACAAACUGCCACGAGAGGAGAGCGAGGCGGGACUUCGGGGUUUUAGAAGUUUUUAUUUUUUAUUUAAAUAUUUUUGUGAUGUAUAAAUAAGAACUGAAGCUUCCUUCCUAUGGGAGAUGCAACAUAAAUCUUAGAAGUCAAUAAAUGAAUAAAUUAAAAACAAUGGUAAGUUAUUGCUGUUAAUAUAUAUCUAUAUAUUUUUGCCAAUUGUGUACAAAAGGUGGAAGGGCAGUGUUUCAGGUUGAAGAUAUUUCUUCCUUAGUCUAUGACACAAUAUUUUUGGGGACUGAGAAUUUUGCCUUUUUAUGAAUAUUUUUAAGAUUUUAAAUGUGGCUAAAAAUUAAAAGUGAGUUGACACGAUGUACCUUUUUUUAUUGUUUUUUGUUUUUUCCUCAAAUACCCAGUCAUAAUUGUAUCUAUUUUGCAGAGAGUAAUUAUUAUAUUUUAUUUCUGAAUUUAUUAUUUUUUUUCUUCCCUCGACGGAUCGUUAAUACAAGCAUCAACAUAUCUUCUGUUACAGGAAUCUUUUUUCUGGACAGUUUUCACAGCUUUGUACAUUUUACAGCGACUGCAACAAUUCACAUAUAUAGAAUUUUAUAUGAUAGGGGGGAGGGCGAGGGGGAGGGGGGGUAAAUGCAAUUUGAUUUUGACAUGUUUAUUUUGUUUAUAAGUUGGAAUUAAACCUUACAGUGUUUUCGGGGAGUGGGUGACACUGGGUUGUAUUUUUUUCUGCAAACAGUGGCCCCCAUCUGCAGAACAAAUCCUUGCACCCAUGGGCCACCUCUCCACCUCCAUCUUCAGUUCUCCUAUGAAUGUGCACACCUUCCUUUACCCCACCCCUGCUAAAAAAACGGAGGGAUGAACUGUUGAUAUCUGAUCGUGCAGCUGUCCGAAGCGAAUUGUGCUUCUGUUUCAAGCUGUCCUAAUUGUUAAAAAGGUUGCGUGUACAUAUAUAUUCCAGCCUUGUUUAAGAACUGUGACAUAGAGAAGAGGUCUGGUUUUUUUUUGGGGGGGGGGGGAAAUCCUGCCUGUAUCCCAAAACCCCCGACGGUUUCUCUUUCACUACUUUCCCCCUUUUAUUCCUCAUCCGCAGCCACACGUUUAAUUCAAUGUUAGUACUGUACAAAGUAAGAAAUGGUGGACUUAGAUACUGUUUUUGUAAUGAAAGAAGUGAAAGAUGUAAAAAAAACAAACAAAAAAAACAACAACCUGUACAUACUUUAAGAGCAGAGGAAUUAUUUUUCUGCUGCUCGUUUCCCCUCGUUUGAUUGGAUAUUUGCUGUAUCUGUAUAAAACUACAAAAAGUACUCCUGAGCUACUGUACAGUAUUGAGAUUUUUUUCUAAAAAGGUACAGUAUGGGGUGUGGUCGGUCACAAGCACCAAUGCGCCUUUUUCUGUGUAUUUUUGACAAGGUUUUCGGGAGGGGGAGGGGUUUAUCGCAACAAGUCACACACUCAAAUCUUAGACGUGAACCUGCGCAACGUGGAGCCGAGACGGGUGGAUUUUUCGAGGUGUGAUCUGAAAGAGUUUAAAUUUGGUCAUUUAGCUUUUUACGGAGAGGACUGAAGACACACAUGCUCACUAUUUUUCUCAAAAAGGUUGGGCUUGCUGGGUAUGGGGGGAGGGGACGCAUCAGAACCAGGUGGCAAUAUAUCUUGAGACUUAUUUUAUAAGAAAAAAACAAGGAAAAACUGUCUUUUAUAUAUAGAUAUAUUAUUUAAUUUUAUUUUUUGGAAAUAAAACUUGAAGCUACAGGAAUUAUUAGAUAAAAACAUGUUUUGUUUUGUAUUAAAGAUGUUAUGGUGAUGCAAAAAGACACUGCAGACAGUCAUUCAGUUUGCCCCCGGGGGAGGCCGCGGAGUUAUAUUCUACCAUCCUUUUUAAGAAAUGUUUCAUGUACAUGAAUAUAGUUGUAAACAUACUGAAUCACUGUACAAACUGAUGGCAACUGAACAAAUAGUUUUGUUUUUAAUCAUUUCUUCUCCUAAAAAGAGACUGGAAAUAAGACUAUUUAAAUAUUUGUUUAGUAUUCAAAUGGAAUCUUUGACCACUUUUUUUUCGUUCCUCUUGUUAACAAUUUUUGGUGCUUGCUGAGAGAAAGCAAAAAUUACUGUUGCUCCAUUUUCAUUAGUUUCUUUUUUUAA